UGAUUUAGUUUCGGGGGAGAAAUUGAUCCUGGAUUGAAUUUAAUUUUGUGGUGAAUUGUGUCCCCAGUUCUCCCCCAACAUCCAUUUAAUGCAGUGCCUGCUACUAUAAUUGAGGACCCGAUUCGCCAUUUUUCUCACAAGCUUUGCCACGAGAGAGAGAGAGAGAGAGAGAGAGAGAGAGAGAAUGGGGAAAGGAGACGCAAAACUGCGAGGCAGUCAUGAUCACUACAAUGUGGCAAUCGAGCUUGGCCAUGACGAAAAGUUUGGAGGAGGAGGAGGAGAGGGACGGCGAGUCAGUUAUGUGAACUCCCUCUCUCCUCGUCAGAUGGAAACUCUGACCUCUCUCUGCGACACUUUCUUGCCCUCCAUUGCUCACCCUCAUCAUCCUUCGGACACCGAAGGCGAAGGCGAUGAGGAGGUUGCUAAGUUCUAUCAAACUUCAGCUUCCAUGGCCGGAACUCCGGAGAAGAUAGGGGGGCUCGUCAGCGAGAGGAUGAAACACCCAAAGCUCUGGCUGCUCCCUCUCACCUUGUGGCUCCUCUCGACAUGCAUCGGGACCUUCAUAUUGUGCGGCCGAAAAUGCUUCUCAAGCCACUUCCCGUACGUGCAGAGGUUUUCCGAGAUCCCGCAGCGGCGGAGGGAAGAGAUCGCGAGGCGGUGGUUUCGCAGCGUCUUCCCAGUGCUCCGGAUGUUCGCGCGAACCGUCAAGCUCCUCACCUUCCUCGUCUUCUUCACUCAGCUCGACGAGAAGGAUCGCAACCUUUCCUGGAAAGCGAUCGGCUAUGCCGGACCGGAUCCAGAUUUCGAAAACUCCAAGAAAUUAAAGCGUAUGUCUUGCCAAGUCUCAGCAGAUGAACAGCAAGGCCAAGAACAAGCGAAAGCCAAGAAUUGUUAUGAAGAUGAAGCUAUCUCCGGACCUCUUCAUCAAGGUCUUAUCCAAAUGGUGCACCCACAAGACAUCGUCACAAAAAGUCUCCGGCAGUUCGGUUUCCCCGUCCUCAUCUGUCCCUCAAACCAUAAUGUACGGAAGCCUCGUUUCCCAUCUUUGAGCAUCCAGUGCGAUGCAGUGGUGAUCGGUUCUGGUGCGGGCGGGGGAGUUGUUGCCGGUGUGCUUGCAAAGGCAGGCCACAAGGUGCUUGUCCUGGAAAAGGGAAGCUACUGUGCCAGGAGCAAUCUCUCCCUGCUCGAAGGGCCUACUAUGGAUCAAAUGUACCUCUCCGGCGGUCUCGUGGCAACCGAAGAUAUGAGCACACUGGUACUUGCGGGGUCCACCGUUGGAGGGGGCUCCACGAUCAACUGGUCCGCCUCCCUCAGGACACCGCAGCAUGUGAUGAACGAGUGGUCGAACAAAUAUGAUCUAGAGCUGUUCGACAGCAAGUUGUACCAGGAGGCACUGGAUGUCGUCUGCAAGAGAAUGGGAGUUCAGUCAGCAAUCAGCGAAGAAGGGUUCAACAAUGCAGUGCUCCGAAAAGGGUGUCAGGAAUUGGGCUAUCCUGUGAGCAACAUUCCUAGGAACUCACCCGCGGAUCACUAUUGCGGUUGGUGUUGCUUGGGCUGCAAGGAUGGGAAGAAAAAGGGCACCGCAGAGACAUGGUUGGUGGACUUAGUGGAAUCUGGGAAUGGGGCGAUCCUCCCCGGAUGCGAAGCCAUUGAGGUCCUGCACACAAGGCGGAGCGGAAGAGGGAGGGACACUGUGACCGGGGUCGCAUUCGAGUUUGAGCAUAAUGGGUUCAAGGAGGUCUGCAUCGUCGAGUCCAAUGUCACCAUCGUGGCAUGUGGGGCUCUUGGUACACCAGCUUUGCUAAAGAGAAGCGGCCUCAAAAAUCCUAAUAUCGGGAAGAACUUGCAUCUCCAUCCGGUGGCAAUGGCGUGGGGCUACUUCCCAGACACUAAGACAGUGGAUCUGUGGCCGGAGAAGGAGAAGAAGAGCUACGAAGGAGGAAUAAUGACGGCAAUGUCCCCAGUUGUAGGGAAUUUUGACAAGUCUGGGUAUGGCGCAGUGAUUCAGACCCCGGCUUUGCACCCGGGCAUGUUUUCGGUACUAAUGCCCUGGACGUCCGGCCUUGACAUGAAAGAAAGGAUGACCAAGUUCUCGAGGACAGCCCAUCUAUUUGCGCUUGCUAGGGAUAAAGGGUCAGGGACGAUCGCAUCAUCGACCUCUAUUAGUUACAAGAUGGAUGACACGGACGAGCACAAUCUGCAGAAAGGGCUCGAGAAGGUGCUGAGGAUACUGGCAGCAGCCGGGGCCGAAGAGAUUGGGACGCACCACAACGAAGGGAAAACACUGAAAGUGAAGCAAGUGAGCUACCACGAGUUCGAGCGGUUUGUGAAGGAAGAGAGCGCCAGGCCGAUAAAGGGCCAGUCAACACCAAUAUGCUCUGCCCACCAGAUGGGGAGCUGCCGGAUGGGCCCCAACCCGAGAAGCUCGGUAGUGAACCCGAUGGGCGAGACGUGGGAAGUGGAAGGGCUGUAUGUGGCCGAUACCAGCGUUUUUCCAACGGCACUGGGCGUGAAUCCAAUGGUCACCGUCCAGGCCAUCGCAUACUGCACCGCACAAUCGGUCCUUGAAGCUCUCAGGAGGAAGAAGAGCAGACAUUGAUCGUCAUGUACACAAUCGCAUACUUCUUUUCGUUCUCUUGCUUUUCAGUUUCACCUCUCAUUGCAACAAAGCUUUUGGUGCGCACUGGGUGCGCAACAGCAAAAGAAUUGCGGAAGAUUGCCUUGCUUUCUUGCCGUAUUUUCUGCUUCUUCAACCAACCAAACUCCCUGUAAUUUGUCUGCCUAAAUUGAUCAAAUCUAGCGAGGUAACCUCCCAA